AUGCCCAGGGAUCAGCAUCAUUCACAGACAUCAUCUACAUCAUCUGCACUCCUUUUCGGCCCAGACGACAGGACGGAUGUUCCAAUACCGCCAAUCGAUCGUCUUCCGAGCGAACUGCUCUCCAUUAUAUUUGCACUGACCCUCGACGGAAACUCCUUCAGCCCAGAGCACAUUUUCCGGGCCAUCGCGCUCAGUCACGUCUCCCGUUAUUGGCGCCAGGCGUCUCUCGAUGCGUCUACCCUCUGGACGCUCGUGGACCUCCGAUAUCCUACCAUCGGUCGAGAAUUCUGCGCCCGCUCUCGUUCCUCACCCAUACGCGUUACAUUCACCCCCACAUGUCGCAACGACGUGCGCGCAUUUUCGGCUCAAGCCGAACACUGGCUCUCGGCCCACAUGCAACGUGUAGAAAGCAUCUACCUAUUUGCCAGCCAGUCCAUGAUGCGCACUGUCCUGGCCCUCUUCGGGACGGCCAUACCUCAGCUACUGGACCUUGCUUCAGGGCUGCAUUCUUCCACUCGAGGCGGACCGUCGCUUCUCGUCGAGUUGCGUUCGGCGAGACUCCAUAGAAUAUGUUUCGACGACAUCUCUUUCAACGGCUGGAAUCGUCGCGUCUCGUUUCCCGCCAGCUUAAGAAAGCUCACACUGUCCCGCCUCUAUACGUCCUUCUGCCCUUCGGUGCCAGAUGUGUUGUCGAUCCUCAACAGCUGUCCUAUCCUGGAAGAGUUCGCACUGGUAUCGGCACUCAGAGAACCUCCCCAUGUCAUUGACGGGACAUUCGUCGAUCUACCAGUCGUAGAACUACCUCAUUUGAAACUGCUCGAACUCGGUACAAGAUCGAGAGUCAUCAUGACCCAGAUUCUCUCUCAUCUUUCUAUCCCCGCUACAACCACCAUCUUCCUCCACAGUCAUGGUGUCACGGACCUCUCCGCAGUCAUUCCUGCAGAUCUUUCUCGCCUUCGCAUUUUUUCUUUGCUGCAGUAUCGCUCCAUGUCGUUCCAUGUGACCCUCCAGAUCUCUACAAAUGGUCUUGCUCUCAUCAACCACGCGGAUCCCGCUCGCGCGUCGGUGCGAUUCGCCGUCAGCCCUGAGGCGCUGCCUCAAAUCCUCGAGAACGCUGCAUCCAUCAGCUAUAUCCUCUCGGGCGUGACUGCCCUGCAGAUAGUCGCUCCGAACGGCUCGACUCCGAGCGUUCCGCUCACACCGCUCACAUGCAAGAGACUCUUCGCCUGCUUGCCCCGUCUGAUGUCCAUCGAGGUAGGAGGGUCGGCGACGGAAAGUCUCGUUUCGUUCCUCCAAACGCUCAGCGAUCCAACCGUUUCGUCGAGCACACCUAGGGAUCGUAUACCCUGUCGUCGACUGCAGACCAUGCGCAUUCUGGAUCGGUGGCGCGACGGGAGACAUUUAUAUCAGCAUUUGCUCGCCCUGGAGCAGUGUCUAACCGUCCGGGCGAGCGCUCUCAAUGCCCCACUAGCGUCACUAGAUUUUGAGAUUCUGCAAGAAUUUACGAGGGAGACGGUAUCGUCCUUUCGGACGAGGCUGAGGACAGUGACGAAGAGGGUGCGACUCUUUAAUGGCGGAGUGGCUCCACUCUUGGCGAAUACUGGGACGUAUCCCCAGUGCAGUAUGCGGCAGUAG